AUGACCUACAGCUCUUCCUAUAGUGCGAUAGGGCAGACGGACUCUCCCUGUUCGAUCUCACCUCUGGUGCCUCUCUUGCCCUGCCUGCUAAUGCUGACACCACUUGACACUCGCUACCGCGCUGCGCUUCCUGCUGAGUUCUGUGCCAAGAACCCUCCCCCCAUGUACAUCACCCUCUACUACAUAGUCACCCGGCUCCCUGACUCCCUUCGCUUAGUCAGGGACCACUUCCUCUCAGUUUGCCCCACCACAUUCACCAUUGACCUCCUCGAGGAGCGCCUCCUGGCAGCAGAGGAGAGCAUAGUCGUUGUAGGAGCCUCUCGUGGUGACCCUCGUACCCCCGUCUUUGAGGGGUGUUCCCCCUCCCCCCUCUUGCCCUCUGUUGCUUCUUCUGCUGCGGCCGACCUGGUUGGCUUCAAGUCGGUCGGAGUUGCGUCUGCCCCUAGCAGGAGACGCCGCACCGGCAAGGGCAAGGGGGGCAAGGGCACUGGAGGGGCUGGCUGGGGCGAUGGAGGUGGCGGUGGAGGCAGUGGAGGGGGUGGGGGUGGUGGUGGGAGUGGUGGCGGGGGUGGAGGUGUCGGUGGCGGCAGUGGAGGCGGAGGAGGCGGCGGCGGUGGCGGAGGGAGCGGAGGCGGCGGAGGUGGCGGAGGCGGCGGCGGCAGCGGUGGAGCUGGUCGCGGCUCUGCGCAGAGGAGUGGCUCCGGUGGUGGUCUGCGCCAGCUGCAUCAGCGCACUCGUGAGAACCCGUCCCCUCAGCAGCUUCGUGAGUGGUACGCUGGGCGUCAGCGAGGUGGGGGUACUGGUCCCUGUACCUACGUCCUCCGCACCGGCGACCGCGCUGGUGAGCAGUGCGGGGGCCCGCACUCCACCCAACGCUGCUUCGGCCGCCUGACGGACGCUUGGCGUCACCAAUUCCCUGACGCCACUGAGAUCCCUCGCUGGGGAGAGCUGUCUAGGGCGGGAGUUCCUAUCUUUAAUCUUGAUUAUGAUGCUAUUCUUGCUGCCAUGUAUGCUAUGUCUACUAGUGAUGAGGGUGACUGUUACCUGUGUGUUCCGCCUGACCCGGGCAUUGAGGCUGCUGCUCUAGGUGCUGGUGAGGCUGCUGCUCUAGGUGCUAGUGCGUCUGCUGCCCCAGGUGCUGGUGAGUCUGCUCUCUCAGGUACCACGUCGGCUCAGGCCUUACACACCUUCACCCUUGACUCGGGGGCUUCCCGCUCCUUCUUUCGAGAUCGCAUCAUGCUUACCCCGCUUAGUCGGCCGGUUGCCGUCUCCCUGGCGGACCCCUCUGGGGGUCCUGUCCUUGCUAGCUUCUCCACUGUCUUACCUGGAGGUGAUCUACAGGAUAGGGGGGUUGACCAGUUCACUCCUGCGAGUCAGCGGGUGACCCACUGCACAUGUGCUCGGACGGGCCGACACUUGGCCACGUUUACCCGUCGGCCGGGGUCCAGCCUGUACACACUGACUACUGAGUCUCCUCCGGUUGCUGAGUUUGGUCAGGUAGCUGUGUCGAGUCAGGUGUUUGCUGCAGCGUCCAGGUCUGGUCCUGAGUCUGCUCCCUGCUCGUGUUGUCUCCUGUCCCACCAGACUCUCCUCUGGCACCACCGCCUUGGUCACCCCUCCCUGCCUCGUCUCCGAGGCAUGGCCUCACGUGUCCUUGUCUCUGGUCUCCCCCGGUCCCUCCCUCCCCUCCCUCUGGGGCCUGCCCCUACCUGCGUUACAUGCGUCGAGGGGCGGCAGCGCGCCGCCCCUCACUCCUCCGAGUUUCCUCCGACAGAGGCUCCGCUGCAGACUCUUCACAUGGACGUGUGGGGCCCCACCCGCGUCCGUGGCCAGGGUCACGAGCGUUACUUCCUGUUGGUGGUUGAUGACUACUCGUGUUACACCACGGUGUUCCCCUUGCGCAGCAAGGGUGACGUCACUGAGGUGUUGAUCGACUGGAUCCGCGCAGCUCGUCUCCAGCUCAGAGAGAGUUUCGACUCGGACUUUCCUGUUCUGCGUCUUCACUCUUACAGAGGCGGGGAGUUUUCCUCUGCCCUUCUGGGAGCCUUCUGUCGUGCACAUGGCAUCCACCAGACCUUCACGCUUCCGGCCUCUCCACAACAAAAUGGGAUUGCUGAGCGCCGCAUUGGCAUGGUCAUGGACGUCGCUCGUGCGUCCAUGAUCCAUGCGGCUGCUCCCCAUUUUCUGGUUCGGUACGCGGCGCAUCAGAUCAACCUUCAGCCCCGGGUCUCCUUGCCGGUGACCUCCCCCACCUUACGGUGGACGGGGAAGGUUGGCGAUGCGUCUGCGUUUCGUGUCUGGGGAUCUCGGGCGUUUGUCUGCAACUUGACUGCGGACAAGCUGCCCCCCCGUGCGGUUCCCUGCGUCUUCCUUGGCUUCCCCUAUGACGCGUCUGGUUGGCAGUUUUACCACCCCACCUCGCGCCGUGUUCUGUCCUCCCAGGAUGUCACGUUUGACGAGUCGGUUCCUUACUACCAUCUCUUCCCCAACCACACUGCACCCCUCCCCCCCCUGCGCCAGGUAGACGCAGUCGAGCCUGUCGAGGUAGCUGUUGACUCUCGUACUGCAAGGGGUGCUGAGCCUAGGGAUGCUGAGCCUGGGGGUGCUGAGUGUGGGGGUGCUGGGCCUGGGGGUGCGGAGCCAAGGGGUGCUGAGCCUGGGGAUGCGGAGCCUGGGGGUAUGGAGCCUGGGGGUGCUGAGCCUGGAGGUGCGGAGCUUGGGGGUGCAGGGUCUGCUCGUGUGGCCUCUGGCGGUGCUGGGUUUGGGGCCCCUUCGGGUGCUUCGUCGAGGCGGGAGCUACCCUCUCCACAGGAGCUGCGUGAUUGGUUUGCCCGGCGCUGGAGCCGUGCUGCGGGAGCUGGAGGUGCUGCUGUUACUGCUGGCCCUGGGGUCGGCGCUGGAGUUACUGGAGCCACUGGUCCUGGAGGUGCUCGUACUGGCGGUACUGGAGCUACUCGGCCUGUGGGUGCUGCUGACAGUCCUGCUGGAGAUGGUGCUGCUGGAGCUGGAGCUGUUGGAGCUGGAGCUGCUGGGGGUGUUGGCGCUGGAGGUGCUGCUGACGCUGGUGCGUCUGUGGGUGCUGGAGUUGGCGCUGUAGGAGCUGGAGGUGUUGCUGGCGCUGGUGCUGCCGCUUCGGGUACUGAGUCCUCUGUUCCUGUCCUUGAUGACCCGGAGUCUGACUCUCGUCGUGCUUCCAGUCCUACUGUCACACGUCUCCUGGCUACUGUUGUCACUGACCCUUCCUUUGAGUCCACUGCUGCGUCUGCCUUAGUUGCCGAGCUUGUCGACUUUGCUGCUCGUUGUCGUCUAGACUACGCUGCGAGUCUUGUUGCUGAGCUUGAGUCUGUCUGUCCUCCGUCCGUCGGGGGUGAGUGUGCUCUUAGCACGGACGUCCUUGAGGACAGGCAGGAGGAGUUCCAGUGUUUUGCUGCUGCUUUGCCUCAUCUUGUGUCCACGCUGAUUGCCCCUAAGGGAGAGCCGGAUGCACCAGACAUCCCGACUCCUUGA